AUGGAAAGAAAACCAAUAGGAGAGAAAUUAAGCAACUUAAGUGCACUUAUAUAAAAAUAAUAACCAAAUAGAGAGUAAUAAAUUUAAGAUCUAAAUUAGAUAAUAAGAUGAAUAAGAUUAGAAAUAUAAGAAAAUAUUCCCAAAUAUGAGUUAACCUUAAAAAUAAGAUUAUGGAUCUGAAACAGACUAAGAUAAAUUAAAACAAGUUUAAAAUAUUAUCUAAGAUUAAAAACAAUUUUAAAAGUAAAAUAUUAGGAAUAAAUUAGUGACAUAUCAUAAUUUUUAGAUAGAUUAGGUAAAUUAUAAGAAUCCACUUCAUAAUCAUAAUCAAAGACUCCAAGUGUUAAAUAAUAAUAUCCUGCUAGUUAUAUUGAUCAAACACCAAAUUAAACAUAAAAUAAUCGAAUGGGAUAAAGUAUUUCUAAUUUACCAAUAUAAACACCACCUUAAUAACUUCCUUAGCCUGUACAAUUGUUUUCAGUAAAUAGCCCAGUAAAUGAUUAAACCUUUAGAAAUUUGAAAGAAUAAAAUGUUGAUUUAUUAAGAUAAGUAGCAUAAUUAUAACCUUUAGUAUAAGUAGUUAAUGAAGUAAUUAUUUAUCAAUAAGUUAGCUUAAAGUAGCAUUAUAAUAGACAAAUGAUAGAAUAAGAGAGCAGUAAAAAUAAAUUGAGUAAUUGAUUUAAGAAAAUAUGUAAUUGAAAUAGCAAGUCAUUUUAAACGAAUAAGAAAAAAUAAAUAAUAAACGUUAAUAAGAUGAUAUCAUAGCAAAUAAUUAAUUGGCACAUUAAAGAGAUAUAUAAGCUAUAAAAUUUUAAUCUCAAGAAAAUUUAAAUAAUUUAGAGUAAACUUGGAAACAAUAAUAUGUUUUAAUGAAAACAGAAUCUGAUGCAAUAAUUAAUAAUCUCAAUGCUAAAUUAGCAAUUUAACAAAAAGACAAUUAAAAAUAGCAAGAUAUAAUAAAUAAUGUAGUUAAUCAAAAUAAAUAAAUUUAGUAAAGUUUAUGUAAUAUUUUACUAUUAUAUAAUAGAGGAUAGAAUUAAUGAUUUAAAUACCUAUAAUUAAGCACUUGAAGAAAAGAAGUUAGAAUAUGAAAAGCUUUAAAAUAGCUACAAUGCUUCUUUAGAAAAAUAUGAAAACAACACAAAAUAAUUAAUUAAUUAAUAUACUUAGAAUUAAAGGCAGUAAGAAUAAAUUAUAAAUGAAUUAAAAUAACAUAAUACAAUUUUGAGUUAAUAGAUGGUUGAAUUAGAUUAAACUCAUAAAUAGACAAUAUAAAGUUAAUAAAUUUAGGUUUAACAUCAUAUAAAUGGAAAACUUGAGGAAGUAUAGAAAAUAAGUAUAGUAGAAAAGCAAUAACUUCAAUAAUUCUAUGAAGAUAAAUUGAAUAAAUUAAACUAAGAUGUAUGAUAUAAAAUAUUUAUAUUAUAGAAAGAAUCUCAAAUUAGUUAAUAAAAAUAAUCUGUCAUAUUUUUAGAAUAAAAGAUUGCUAUUUUAGUUUAAGAAAACAAAACUUUGGUUGAAUAAAUGAAUAAAAUUAAAAAAAAAGCAGAUAAUCUAGAAUAAGCUAUGAUAAAUUAAGAAGCUGCUUAUUAAAACCUAACAAAAGAUUCUCAAUACAAAACUUUAUCACUUACUAAGCAAAUUUAAGAAUUAAAUUCAAUGAUAGGAAAUUCAAAUCAAAAUAAUUUCUAGAACUUUACUCGAAAAUCAGAUACUUAUGAUUCAUCUGAAAGAAUUUAAUAAUUAGAACAAUAGCUAUCUUAUAAAAAAGAAGAAAUGGACUUACUUUUACAUCAUCUUGAUUAAGUUUUUGAAAUUAACAGAGAUUUUGAAAAUAAAAUCAAAACAUUAUAGGCUUAACUUGAAUUAAUGGAAGAAAAAAAUAAUCGAGAAUCAGAUUAAUGUAAUAAUUUAAUUAAGCAAUAAAAAUAAUAAAUUGAAGAAUUAAAAUCAUAAUUAGAAAUCAGCCAAAAGUUAGAUAACAAAAAAGAAUCUUAAAUAAAAGAACUUUAUUAGAAAUUAAAUGAAGAAGAAUAAUUAAGAAAAAAAUAAACUGAUCAAAUAAUGAUGAAUGAUAAAUAGUAAUUCUAAGAUGUAAUAAAUAUUAAAAUUAUUAUAGUAAAUCAAAUAGCUAAAAAUAAAAAAUGUGGAACUUAUUAAUUAUAAUGAAAUUUUAGAAUAAAAUUUAAAAGAAUUAUAAGAAAAAUAUGAUUAAGCAAUGAAAGAAUAAAGUGAAUAAAAAUAAGUAUAUAUUUUUGAUCUAAUCAUUAGCGUUUUGAAGAAUAAAAAUAAAUUAUUGAACAGUAAAUUUAAAUGUUAUAAAAGAAAAACUUAGAUGUACAAAUUUCACAGCCUUUUUCAUAAAAGAAAGACUAGAAAAACGCUGAUUUAGAAAAAUAAAUGAAUGAAAAAGAUUAAUAGAUAAAAUUGUUAGAAUAAAAGUUAAAGGAGAAUGAACGUAAAGUCAAAGAUUGUGAUACAAAAUAAAAGGCACUCGAAGAAAUAGAAAAUUAGAAUAAUUAAAUGCAAAAAUACUUUGAAAAUAAAAUAAAAGAAUUGGAAUUGAGAAUUGGAACUUAUGAAGAUUAGAUAAAAAUAAACAAUAAAUAACUUUCAAUUCAAUAAGCAAAAAUAAAAAAUUUAGAAUAAUAAUUAAUUGCAGCUGAAGAUGAUAUCAUAAGAUUGAAUGAGAUAAAUAAAAAUUUAGAAGAUUAACUGGCUAUGUAGAUGAAGAGUAAUAUUCCAUAUUCAAAAAAUAAUGAAGGGGAUCUUUAAAAAUUAUAAAAUUUAAAUUUACAUUUAUCUGAAUAAAUGAAUCUAAUUAAGAAAGAGAAACUAUAAUAGAGUUAACAAUAUGAAAGGGAAAUCCUCUCUCUUCAAGAUUAAAAUUCUAAUAAUUUAGAGAUUAUUAAUCAGCUAAAAAAAGAAAAAUAAUAAACUAAUGAUUAUUAAAACAAUAAAAUAAUAAAUCUGUAACAAUAACUUGAUAACUUAUAAAAAUAGAUUAGCAGCUUAAAAUAAGAUAAAUUAGAUUUAAAUAAUGAGUACUUAAGUUUAAAUGAAUAGAAUAAAAUUUUAGCAGAUUAAGUUUCAAAAUUAAAAAAAGAAAAAGCUCAAAUGACUAUGAAAGUAAUGAAUUCAGGAAUGGCAAACAUAAUUGGAAGUUAAGUUUCAUAAUAUUCAGAGAAAAAUUUAUGA